AUGGAAACAACAACGGGGCCCGCCGUUCGGACUGUGGUCCCAGGAGACGCCCUGUACAGUUCAAAAGAAGGCUACGAGUGUGGACGUGGUGUCUAUGAAUUGCGGGGCUUCAUAAGAGCAGCUCGAGUCGGUCAUCUGUUCCUAACAGAGAAGACGAAUCCUUCGAACUCUAAAACAACUAAAGUUGUAGAGGUCCUUAACCCUGAUGGCUCAUUCAAGCACCAGGUGCCGUAUAUUGGAGCUAUCGUUACAGCAAAGGUCAUAGAAAUAAGCGACAGCAGUGCAAAGUGUAUUGUGGUUCGAAUUGAGGACACAAUCUUACAAAAAGGAGCUACCUUUUCUGCAGUUAUUAGGAAACAGGAUAUGCGAGACGAUGUAAAGCUUGAUGUGAGUUCACAUUCAUGCUAG